AUGGGCCGGCCUUUCCGCGCCGUCCUCCUCAACGACGUGCUCUUGGAUGCGAUCGUGUCGUACCAAGACGGGUACUUUGGCGAUCUUCGCCCGCGCGUGCAGCAGUGGAAGGCCCUGAAGCGCGAUCAUGGCGACUAUCUCUUGCCCGACGGCGACCGCGUCUCGGGCGGCCUCGACCUCAUGCUCAACUGGCUCGGCGCCGACAAGCGCUUCCUGCUGCACAUUGCCAUCUACGAAGACAAUCUGGAUCUUGUGCAGCGCUGGCUCGCGUGCUGCGGCCGGUCGUACGUCUCGGCCCAGACGCUCGACUGCGCAGCGCGGUUCGGCCGCCUCCGCCUCGUGCGCUUCUUCCACGAGCUCGGGUGUCCGGCGACGGUCCAGGCCAUGAACUCGGCGGCGUGCUACGGCCACCUGGACGUGCUGCGGUUCCUGCACGAGCACCGAACCGACGGCUGCACGAGCAAUGGCAUGGACUACGCGGCCGAGAACGGUCAUUUGGACGUGGUGCGCUUUCUGCAUGCGCACCGGUCGGAAGGCUGCUCGAUGGCCGCGCUCAACUUUGCAGCGCGCAACGGCCACCUCGACGUGGUCCGCUUCCUGCAUACGCAACGCGACGACGGCGCGACGGUCGAUGCGAUGGACUUUGCGGCGUGCAACGGCCAUCUGAACGUCGUCUCGUAUCUGCAUUCACAGCGCACGGAAGGCUGCACGCGCUUUGCGAUGGACUACGCAGCCAUCGGCGGCCACUUGGACGUGGUCACCUUCUUGCACGAGUCGCGUUCGGAAGGCUGCUCGACGCUCGCGAUGGACGGGGCGGCCGAAGGUGGGCACCUCGACGUCGUGGCCUUUCUGCACCACCACCGCCACGAAGGCUGCACGGACAAGGCUCUCGAAGGCGCGACGUACCGCGGCCGCGAAGACGUUGUCCGGUUUCUCUUGGCGCACCGAAGCGAAGGCGACCUCGAGCACUGCAUUGACGUGGCCGAAAAGAGAUAUUACAUGCGGAUCCGUGAUCUGCUCUGGGCAGAGUACGCCAAGCGCAUACCGCAUCCUGCACAAUAG